AUGUCGGACGCGGUCUCUUCACGGCUCGGCAGCAGAUCCAACAAUACAAAUGACAUCGGGUGGAAAUUAUUCCAUGCACCAAAUGAUGGAGAUACAAACAUAGUUGUUUCUAACUAUUGCGACAAAAUUAUGAAGGGAGAAAUAACAAGGGUCAAGAACCAUUUGAUGGGAAGAAAGGGAUAUGUUGCGGCAUGCAAAAAAUGUCCGGUGGAAGUUCGAGAAGAACUUUGGGCUUAUGUGAAGACAAAAACAAAUACCGGUGAUACCAAUUAUGUUUCAAUUUGGGAUAGUGAUGAUGACACUCCCUUACCACCUCCGAGAAAGAAUGCUGCUGAGUUGAAAGGUAUUGGUUCUUUUGGCCCACAUUUGCGAACUGCGAGCUUCCACGAGAUUACAGUUCCACUCUUAAAUAAUGAAGUGGAUUACACCAAGAACUUGAUGGAAGAUCACGAGGCGGAGUGA